AUGAAAUUGUUUACGGCCUUAAUUGCCUUCAUAUUAUUGUGUCAAGCUGUUUUUGGCUUGCAAAACGGAGACACAUUGAUUGUGAAUGCUCCAUCCGGAUUAAAAGUGAGAGAUGGUCCAUGCACCGAUUAUAAUCUCAUGACCACACUCCCUCAUGGUGUUGAAGUUAAAUUCGGUGGUCAAAUGGAAAACGGUUGUGGAUACACAUGGUAUCUUGUUUCUGGUUCAUUUGGUUCUGGUUAUGUUGCCUCUAACUUUGUUACUAUUAAGAGCUAUGCUUCAUUCUCAGCAUCUGUUAGCAUUCAAAGUUUGAGAGCUAUCAUGCCAAACUUGUCCGGUACAAAGGCUAUCCAAUACAUUACUUUUUUGAACAGUGCCAUGGCCGAAGGAGGAAUUAGUACAUGUUGUAGAAUGACUGCCUUCUUGGCUCAAAUUGCCCAUGAAUCUGGUGAUUUGAAUUGGUUUACUGAAUUUGCUUCUGGAGCUGCUUAUGAAGGAAGAAAGGAUUUGGGAAAUAUCUAUCCUGGUGAUGGUGUUAGAUAUAAGGGAAGAGGUCCAAUUCAAAUUACUGGUAGAGCCAAUUAUCGUGCAGCUGGUCAAGCUCUCGGAGUUGAUUUGGAAAAUAAUCCAACUAGAGCUGCUGAUCCAGAUAUUGGAUUCCGUACUGCUGUUUGGUUCUGGAAUCGUGCUGGAUUGAGUCAAUAUGCUGAUAGAUGUGAUCAAACUGGUUUUGAUACCUGUACUAAACGUAUUAAUGGUGGUUUCAAUGGUAAGGAAGAUCGUGAUAACCACUGGAUUAAGGCCAAGAGUGUUUUGGGUUGUUAA